AUGCUCACCAGAACCCCAAGUGUCGUUGCCCAAGUGUUCCUUCUUCUAAGCAUAGUUCUUGUCAUUGCUAUCGCAGUGAUUCAGAUAAAUCAGCAACAGAUCCUCUCCCCAGGGCUUAAGUAUGGGAUAGUCCUAGAUGCUGGAUCCUCUCGGACUACAGUCUACGUCUAUGAAUGGCCAGCAGAAAAAGAAAAUGACACGGGUGUAGUAAGCCAAACCUUCAAGUGCAAUGUGAAAGGCCCUGGUAUAUCCAGCUAUGAAAGUAACCCUGGAGCUCUUGCCAAACCCUUUGAUGACUGUCUGAAUAAAGUCAAGGAGAGAAUACCAGUUAAUCUGCAUAAAAACACUUCUGUUUAUCUGGGGGCUACAGCUGGCAUGAGACUACUGAGGUUGCAAAAUGAAACGGCAGCCAAUGAAGUCCUUGCAAGCAUUCAAAACUACUUCAGAGCACAACCUUUUGAAUUUAGGGGUGCACAAAUCAUAACUGGGCCAGAGGAAGGGGUGUAUGGAUGGAUAACAGCCAACUAUUUAAUGGGCAAUUUCUUAGAGAGAAACCUUUGGAGGACAUGGGUCCAUCCUUAUGGAAAAGAGACUGUGGGUGCACUGGAUCUUGGAGGAGCUUCCACUCAAAUUUCAUUUAUCCCAGAGGACUCUCAGGAGAAUUUCAAUAGCACCUUGCAAGUGAAGUUGUAUGGUUACAGCUACAAUGUCUACACUCACAGCUUCCAGUGCUAUGGGAGAGAUGAAGCUGAGAAAAGGCUUCUAGCAUUGCUGCUCCAG